AUGGGGUAUGAUCCGUUGAACAGACAGCCCAAUUUCAAACCAAUCGACCACCUCUAUGACUCCCGUCUCCGGCAGUUUACAGAUAAAGGGGGCCAGUACCCCCACUUGAACUUGCCCAAGUUCUACGAUAUCCACAGACAAGAGCUCGGCAACUUGCAGUCGUGGCGUGUUCCCGACGUCAACGGCCAGACCCAGAGACCGUUGUUCAGGGAGAUCGAUUUCGAGAGCGUUGAAUGGGAGCAUAUCGGCUUGGGCUACGCUUUUGGACCCAGUUGGAAAACGUUUUGGGUGAAGUUUGAACUCGAUAUACCCAAGGAGUGGUUGAGUUACCAAGGCUUGGAGAUUGAAUGGGACUCCAACUCGGAGGCCUUGAUUUACGAUUCCAAAGGCUUGCCCUUGCAGGCAUUCACCGGUGGUGGACAACGUAAUUUGUUUGAAAUACCGGCAAAGUUCCAAAAAAGUGGCAAGCAGUUGUUUUACAUUGAAGUUGCCUGUAAUGGCAUGUUUGGCAAUGGAGCCGAAGGUGAGCCCGACGCUAAUCGAUACUUUACCCUCAGCAAGGCGCACUUGGUGGUGCCCAAUUUGGAAGCUAGAAAACUCUUUUGGGAUUUCUGGAUCUUGGGCGACGCUGCAAGAGAGUUCCCCGGUGGGUAUUGGCAGAAACACCAGGCUGCUGACGUAGCCACCAAGAUUAUGAAUGCUUUUGACCCCGAGGAUUCUGCCAGUAUUGGCAAGUGUAGAGAGUUGGCCAAAAGUUACUUGGGCCCCGAUAUCGACUCGGAAGAGGUGUUUGAAAAGGGCAAGAAAGUCGAUGUGUUUGGCGUGGGAAACUGCCACAUUGACACGGCGUGGGAAUGGCCUUUCGCUGAAACCAAGAGGAAAAUCGUUAGAUCGUGGACCACCCAGUUGAAAAUCGCCGACAAGUACCCCGAGUAUGUCUUUGUUGCUAGUCAAAUGCAACAGUUUAAGUGGUUGAAGCAGAGACAACCGGAAAUUUUGCAAAAGAUCCACGAAAAGUUUGCUACAAACCAGUUUAUACCCUUGGGUGGAUCAUGGGUUGAAAAUGACACCAAUUUGCCCAAUGGCGAAAGUUUAAUUAGACAGUUUGUCUUGGGGCAGAGGUACUUGUUGGACGAGUUUGGUUUCCAGUCGAACAUCUUUUGGUUGCCUGAUACGUUCGGAUAUUCUUCUCAAAUUCCACAAAUUUGCCACUUGGUUGGUAUUGAUCGAUUCUUAACUCAGAAGUUAUCAUGGAACAAUAUCAACACGUUUCCCUUGACGACUUUCAAUUGGAAAGGAAUCGAUGGGUCCCAAGUUUUGGUCCAUAUGCCCCCGGCCAAUACUUACACUGCUGAAGCCCAUUUUGGCGAUGUGUGGAGAUCGCAACACCAACAUAAAAACUUGAGGGAUGUCCCCACCGGGUUGUUGCUUUACGGACACGGUGACGGAGGCGGCGGCCCCACCGAGGAAAUGAUUGAAAAAUUGCGGAGAUGCAGAGGUGUUAGCAACGAAGCUGGAUUGUUGCCCUCUGUUGCCUUGGGCGUCACCAUUGACGAAUUUUAUGAUCAUUUGUUGGAAAAGAGCAACCAAGGAGCUACAUUGCCUACUUGGACUGGAGAAAUCUAUUUGGAGUUCCAUAGGGGCACAUACACUGUCCAAGCGCAAAUCAAGAAGUUCAUGAGACUAGGCGAGAUUAAGCUUCACGAUUUGGAGUACAUUGCAGGGUACGUCAGUUUAGCUGAAAAGAAGUACAACUACCCUAGUAAACAGAUUCAAGAUCUUUGGGAAGACUUGUGCUUGUGCCAGUUCCACGAUGUCUUGCCUGGAAGUUGUAUUGGCAUGGUUUACUAUGAGGAAGUUUUCCCUAUGUUGGAUAAAUUGUUGACAAAAGCCGACCAGUUGAUUUACGAGGCCUUGGAAGCCACCACCACCACCACCACUACCACCAAGGGGGCAAGCAGAAAACAGGGCGAGGUCAAAUUGUUGAAUACUUUGGCUCAUGACAGAUUUAACGAGAUUGUGGAAGUUGCCAAAGACGAACAUCCGCAAUUGUUUGAAAUAUUGGAAAGAAAAGGCCACCGCGCUAAAGAUGGCAAGGUGAAGCUCAAUGUCGAUAGCGUCGAUGGUCAAACCAGGAUCAACAAAAAGGUCAAAUACCCCUCGAGUGUCAAGACAUCCGACGAGGGUUUUGUCUUGUCAAAUGGUUUACUUGUUGCCAAGAUCUCGUCCACUGGUAUUGUCACGUCGCUUUAUGAUACAGUUGCAGAACGAGAAAUCAUUGACUCGACCCCCACUGCGCAAACCAAGCAAGAUAACGAAGACGUGGGAGGUAACCAGUUUAUCUUGUUUGAUGACGAGCCCUUGAAUUUCCCCGCUUGGGACACGGAGCUUUACUCGCUUGAAAAGUUUAAGCUUCUCAAUGCUUCGAGCGCCAAGAUUUUAAGCGACGACCCGUUGGAAUCAUCAAUUCUCAUCAAGCACAAGAUUAGUCCUCAUUCACAUAUCGAAACGGUGAUUUCACUUGCGGGUCUCACUGAUGCCCAAUCUGAAAACAAUUUCUUGAAGUUCAGCUCCACCGUGGAGUGGCACGAGACUUACAAGUUUUUAAAAGUGCAGUUCCCCACCACGAUCCACUCGCAACUCGAAGCUAGUUACGAGACGCAGUUUGGUAUCACCAAGAGACCAACGCACUACAACACCACGUGGGACGUGGCUAGAUUCGAAGUGUGCCAUCACAAGUUCAUGGACCUUUCCGAGCCCAAUUACGGAGUCAGUGUUUUGAACAAUGGCAAAUACGGAGGCUCGAUCCACGGCAACUUGAUCCGCUUGUCCCUUUUGAGAAGCGCCAAGGCCCCGGAUAACCGUGCCGAUAUGGGAGUCCAGAAAUUCGAAUACGCCUUGUAUCCGCACGCCGGUGCCUUGGGCAUGCGCACCGUGCGUGCAGGCUACAAUUUCAACUACAAAUUGAUCCCCACUACGGCUAAUGUUUCCUUUAGUGACGCUAUCAAGUUUGAAAGCCCCAAGAACCAUUCUUCGUCGAUUGUGCUCUCGCAUAUCAAGCGCGGUGAAAACGACUCUGACGUGAGCCAGUAUCUGAAAUUGACCAAGCGGGAGAAGUCCGUGGUUGUGCGUGUCUAUGAGGCGUUGGGCGGGCAGAGCAGAGGCAAGUUGGUUAUCGAUGGGCUGAUUUUGAAAGUUGACAAAGUUUACAAGGUUAACGCUUUGGAGUCGGAGGUUUUGGAGGAAGUUGAGUUUGACAAGGGGGUCGUUCCGUUUGUUUUGAAAGGGUUUGAGAUUGGUACGUUUAAGAUUUUGUUAAAAUAG